UCCAACAUCGGCAAUUUUUAAUCCCCAACGUAUGGCUUCAGUGUUGUACCAGCUGUCGCCACCAGAGGACUUAGCACUGGCAUUGUCAUCGCUGAGAUUUUUCCCUCUCUUUGAUGAGGAAAUAAAACUCACCAAGGAGAAAUAUGGGUCGGUUCCCAGAGUAUAUAUCGUGUGCGACCAAGACCUUACCAUUGGGGAGGAUGUACAACGGUGGAUGAUCAAGGAAAGUCCUCCACAUGAAAUCAAAAUGAUAAACGACUCUGAUCAUAUGCUCAUGUUCUCCAAACCGUAGGAAUUCUUCUCCACCCUCCAAGAGAUUUCUGAUCAAUAUUCUUGAACAUCGUGAGCACCUGAUAAAUUAGCUAGGAGCUUGUCAUCAUUAUAGAUGAUGCAGUUAUACUAGCUAGCCUU